AUGUAUCUAUCUAUCUAUCUAUCUAUCUAUCUAUCUAUCUAUCUAUCUAUCUAUAUAUAUCAGCAGAAAUUGUUUAGGCAGAAAUUUUCAAACUCUCUCUCUCUCUCUCUCUCUCUCUCUCUGUCACUUCCGACCCCAAACGGGAAGGAAAAACGAUCUCUCUUUCCACAUCUCUCUCUCUUUCCACCGCACUCUCUCUUUCCACCUUUCCUUCUUUCCACCUCUCAGUCUUUCCACCUCUUUCUCUCUUUCCACCUUUCCUUCUUUCCACCUCUCAGUCUUUCCCUCUUUCUCUCUCUCUUUCCUUCUUUCCCUCUCUCAGUCUUUCCACCUCUCUCUCUCUCUUUCCACUUUAACUUCUUUCCACCUAUCAGACUUUCCACCUCUCUCUCUCUAUUUCCAACUUUCCUUCUUUCCCCCUCUCAGUCUUUCCACCUCUGUCUCUCUCUCUUUCCACCUGUCCUUCUUUCCACCUCUCUCUCUCUCUCUAUCUUUCCAUCUUUCCUUCUUUCCACCUCUCUCUCUAUAUCUUUCCACCUUUCCUUCUUUUCCACCUCUCAGUCUUUCCCACCUCUAUCUCUCUUUCCACCUGUCCUUCUUUCCACCUCUCUCUCUCUAUCUUUCCCCCUUUCCUUCUUUCCCCUCUCUCUCUCUCUCUCUUUCCACCUUUCCUUCUUUCCACCUCUCAGUCUUUCCACCUCUUUCAUCUUUCCACCUCUCUCUCUCUCUUUCCACCUUUCCUUCUUUCCACCACUCAGUCAUUCCACCUCUCUCUCUCUUUUCCACCUUUCCUUCUUUUCACCUCUCAGUCUUUCCACCUCUCUCUCUCUACCACCUUUCCUUUUUCCACCUCUCAGUCUUUCAACUUCUCUCUUUCCACCUUUCCUUCUUUCCAGCUCUCAGACUUUCCACCUCUCUCUCUCUCUUUCCACUUUAACUUCUUUCCACCUAUCAGACUUUCCACCUCUCUCUCUCUCUUUCCACCUGUCCUUCUUUCCCCCUCUCUCUCUCUCUCUCUAUCUUUCCAUCUUUCCUUCUUUCCACCUCUCUCUAUAUAUCUUUCCACCUUUCCUUCUUUCCACCUCUCAGUCUUUCCACCUCACUCGCUCUUUCCACCUUUCCUUCUUUUCACCUCACAGUCUUUCCACCUCUUUCAGUCUUUCCACCUUUACUUCUUUCCACCUCUCAGUCUUUCCACCUCUCUCUAUCUCUUUCUACCUUUCCUUCUUUCCACCUCUCAGUCUUUCCACCUCUCUCUCUCUUUCCACCUUUCCUUCUUUCCACUACUCAGUCUUUCCACCUCUCUCUCCACCUUUCCUUCUUUCCACCUCUCAGUCUUUCCAACUCUCUCUCUAUCACUUUUCCUUCUUUCCACCUCUCAGUCUUUCCACCUCUUUCUCUCUUUCCACCUUUCCUUCUUUCCACCUCUCAGUCUUUCCCUCUCUCUCUACCUCUCUUUCCUUCUUUCCACCUCUCAGUCUUUCCACCUCUUUCAGUCUUUACACCUUUCCUUCUUUCCCUUUCUUUCCACCUUUCCUCUCUUUUUCCACCUUUCCUUCUUUCCACCACUCAGUCAUUCCACCUCUCUCUCUCUUUUCCACCUUUCCUUCUUUUCACCUCUCAGUCUUUUCCACCUCUCUUCUCCUUCUUUCCACCUCUCAGUCUUUCCUUCUCUUCUUUUCCACCUUUCCUCUCUCAGUCUUUCCACCUCUCUCUCUCUCUUUCCACUUUAACUUCUUUCCACCUAUCAGACUUUCCACCUCUCUCUCUCUUUUCCACCUGUCGUUCUUUCCCCCUCUCUCUCUUUCUCUAUCUUUCCAUCUUUCUUCUUUCCCACCUCUCUCUUUUUCCACCUUUCCUUCUUUCCACCUCUCAGUCUUUCCACCUCACUCUCUUUCCACCUUUCCUUCUUUUCACCUCACAGUCUUUCCACCUCUUUCAGUCUUUCCUUUUACUUCUUUCCACCUCUCAGUCUUUCCCACCUCUCUCUAUCUCUUUCUACCUUUCCUUCUUUUCCUCUCAGUCUUUCCACCUCUCUCUCUUUUCCACCUUUCCUUCUUUCCACUACUCAGUCUCUCCACCUCUCUCUCCACCAUUCCUUCUUUCCACCUCUCAGUCUUUCCAACUCUCUCUCUCAGUCACUUUUCCUUCUUUCCACCUCUCAGUCUUUCCACCUCUUUCUCUUUCCACCUUUCCUUCUUUCCACCUCUCAGUCUUUCCCUCUCUCUCUCUCUUUUUUCCUUCUUUCCACCUCUCAGUCUUUCCAAUUCUCUCUCUCUCUUUCCACCUUUCCUUCUUUCCACCUCUCAGUCUUUCCACCUCUUUCUCUCUUUCCACCUUUCCUUCUUUCCACCUCUCAGUCUUUCCCUCUUUCUCUCUCUCUUUCCUUCUUUUCCUCUCUCAGUCUUUCCACCUUCUUCUCCACCUUCUUUCCACCUAUCAGACUUUCCACCUCUCUCUCUCUUCCAACUUUCCUUCUUUCCCCCUCUCAGUCUUUCCACCUCUCUCUCUCACUUCCUUCUUUCCACCUCUCUCUCUCUCUCUUCUUUCCAUCUUUCCUUCUUUCCACCUUUCUCUUAUCUUUCCACCUCUCCUUCUUUCUCCUCUCAGUCUUUCCACCUCUAUCUCUCUUUCCACCUGUCCUUCUUUCCACCUCUCUCUCUAUCUUUCCCCCUUUCCUUUUCCACCACCUCUCUCUCUCUUCUUUCCUUCCCACCUCUUAGUCUUUUCCACCUCUUUCAGUUUUUUACACCUUUCUUUCUUUCCACCUCUCAGUCUUUCCACUAUCUCUCUCUUUCCUUUCCUUUUUCCACCACUCAGUCUUCUCUCUCUCUUCCACCUUUCCCUCUUUUCACCUCUCAGUCUUUCCACCUCUCUCUCUCUACCACCUUUCCUUCUUUCCACCUCUCAGUCUUUCAACUUCUCUCUCUUUCCACCUUUCCUUCUUUCCACCUCUCAGACUUUCCACCUCUCUCUCUCUCUUUCCACUUUAACUUCUUUCCACCUUCAGACUUUCCACUCUCUCUCUCAUUUUCCUUCUUUCCACCUCUCUCUCUCUCUCUAUUUCCAUCUUUCCUUUUUCCACCUUCUCUUAUAUCUUUCCACCUUUCCUUCUUUUUCCACCUCAGUCUUUCCACCUCUCUCUUCCCACCUGUCCUUCUUUCCACCUCUCUCUCUAUCUUUCCACUUUUCCUUCUUUUUUUCCACCUCUCUCUCUCUCUUUCCACCUUUCCUUCUUUCCACCUCUUAGUCUUUCCACCUCUUUCAGUCUUUACACCUUUCCUUCUUUCCACCUCUCUCUCUCUCUCUCUUUCCACCUUUCCCUCUUUCCACCUCUCAGUCUUUACACCUCUCUCUCUCUUUCCACCUUUCCUUCUUUCCACCUCUCAGGCUUUCCACCACUCUCUCUCUCUGUCUCUUUCCACCUUUCCUUCUUUCCACCUCUCAGUCUUUCCCUCUCUCUCUCUCUUUCCUUCUUUCCACCUCUCAGUCUUUCCACUUCUCUCUCUCUCUUUCCACCUUUCCUUCUUUCCACCUCUCAGUCUUUCCCUCUCUCUCUCUCUUUCCUUCUUUCCACCUCCCAUCUUUCCCUCUCUCUCUCUCUCUCUUUCCACCUCUCAGUCUUUCCACUUCUCUCUCUCUCUUUCCACCUUUCCUUCUUUCCACCUCUCAGUCUUUCCACCUCUCUCUCUCUCUUUCCACUUUAACUUCUUUCCACCUAUCAGACUUUCCACCUCUCUCUCUCUCUUUCCACCUUUCCUUCUUUCCCCCUCUCAGUCUUUCCACCUCUGUCUCUCUCUCUUUCCACCUGUCCUUCUUUCUACCUCUCUCUCUCUCUAUCUUUCCAUCUUUCCUUCUUUCCACCUCUCUCUCUAUAUCUUUCCACCUUUCCUUCUUUCCACCUCUCAGUCUUUCCACCUCUAUCUCUCUUUCCACCUGUCCUUCUUUCCACCUCUCUCUCUCUAUCUUUCCACCUUUCCUUCUUUCCACCUCUCUCUCUCUCUUUCCACAUUUCCUUCUUUCCACCUCUCAGUCUUUCCACCUCUUUCAGUCUUUACACCUUUCCUUCUUUCCACCUCUCAGUCUUUCCACCUCUCUCUCUCUCUCUCUUUCCACCUUUCCUUCUUUCCACCACUCAGUCAUUCCACCUCUCUCUCUCUAUAUCCACCUUUCCUUCUUUUCACCUCUCAGUCUUUCCACCUCUCUCUCACUCUCUCUCUUUCCACCUUUCCUUCUUUCCACCUCUCAGUCUUUACACCUCUCUCUCUCUCUCUCUUUCCACCUUUCCUUCUUUCCACCUCUCAGGCUUUCCACCACUCUCUCUCUCUCUCUUUCCACCUUUCCUUCUUUCCACCUCUCAGUCUUUCCCUCUUUCUCUCUCUUUCCUUCUUUCCACCUCUCAGUCUUUCCACUUCUCUCUCUCUCUCUUUCCACCUUUCCUUCUUUCCACCUCUCAGUCUUUCCCUCUCUCUCUCUCUCACUUUCCUUUUUCCACCUCUCAGUCUUUCCACUUCUCUCUCUCUCUCUUUCCACCUUUCCUUCUUUCCACCUCUCAGUCUUUCCACCUCUCUCUCUCUCUCUUUCCACUUUAACUUCUUUCCACCUAUCAGACUUUCCACCUUUCGCUCUCUCUUUCCACCUUUCCUUCUUUCCACCUCUCAGUCUUUCCACCUCUCUCUCUCUCUUUCCACUUUAACUUCUUUCCUCCUAUCAGACUUUCCACCGCUCUCUCUCUCUCUCUUUCCACCUUUCCUUCUUUCCCCCUCUCAGUCUUUCCACCUCUGUCUCUCUCUCUUUCCACCUGUCCUUCUUUACACCUCUCUCUCUCUCUCUAUCUUUCCAUCUUUCCUUCUUUCCACCUCUCUCUCUAUAUCUUUCCACCUUUCCUUCUUUCCACCUCUCAGUCUUUCCACCUCUAUCUCUCUUUCCACCUGUCCUUCUUUCCACCUCUCUCUCUCUAUCUUUCCCCCUUUCCUUCUUUCCACCUCUCUCUCUCUCUUUCCACCUUUCCUUCUUUCCACCUCUCAGUCUUUCCACCUCUUUCAGUCUUUACACCUUUCUUUCUUUCCACCUCUCAGUCUUUCCACCUCUCUCUCUCUCUUUCCACCUUUCCUUCUUUCCACCACUCAUCUUUCCACCUCUCUCUCUCUACCACCUUUCCUUCUUUCCACCUCUCAGUCUUUCAACUUCUCUCUCUUUCCACCUUUCCUUCUUUCCACCUCUCAGACUUUCCACCUCUCUCUCUCUCUUUCCACUUUAACUUCUUUCCACCUAUCAGACUUUCCACCUCUCUCUCUCUCUUUCCACCUUUCCUUCUUUCCACCUCUCUCUCUCUCUCUCUAUCUUUCCAUCUUUCCUUCUUUCCACCUCUCUCUCUAUAUCUUUCCACCUUUCCUUCUUUCCACCUCUCAGUCUUUCCACCUAUAUCUCUCUUUCCACCUGUCCUUCUUUCCACCUCUCUCUCUCUAUCUUUCCACUUUUCCUUCUUUCCACCUCUCUCUCUCUCUUUCCACCUUUCCUUCUUUCCACCUCUUAGUCUUUCCACCUCUUUCAGUCUUUACACCUUUCCUUCUUUCCACCUCUCAGUCUUUCCACCUCUCUCUCUCUCUUUUCCACCUUUCCUUCUUUCCACCACUUUUCCACCUCUCUCUCUCUAUUUCCACCUUUCCUUCUUUUCACCUCUCAGUCUUUCCCCUCUCUCUCUCUCUCUCUUUCCACCUUUCCCUCUUUCCACCUCUCAGUCUUUUACUCUCUCUCUCUCUUUCCACCUUUCCUUCUUUCCACGUCUCAGGAUUUCCACCACUCUCUCUCUGUCUCUUUCCACCUCUCUUUCCACCUCUCUCUUUCCCUCUCUCUUCUUUCCUUCUUUCCACCUCUCAGUCUUUCCACCUCUCUCUCUCUUUCUUCUUUCCACCUUUCCCUUCUCUCUCUCCACCUUCUUUCACCUCUCAGUCUUUCCACUUCUCUCUCUCUCUUUCCACCUUUCCUUCUUUCCCCUCUCAGUCUCCUCUCUCUCUCUCUCUCUCCACCUCUCAGUCUUUCCACUUCUCUCUCUCUUUCCACCUUUCCUUUCUUUCCACCUCUCAGUCUUUCCACCUCUCUCUCUUUUCCACUUUUAACUUUUUCCACCUCUCAGACUUUCCACCUCUCUCUCUCUUUUUUCCACCUUUCCUUCUUUUCCCCCUCUCAGUCUUUCCACCUCUCUCUCUCUCUUCCACCUGUCCUUCUUUCUACCUCUCUCUCUCUUCUUUCCAUCUUUCCUUCUUUCCACCUCUCUCUCUAUAUCACCUUUCCUUCUUUCCACCUCUCAGUCUUUCCACCUCUAUCUCUCUUUUUCCACCUGUCCUUCCCACCUCUCUCAGUCUUUCCACCUUUCUUCUUUCUCUCUCUCUCUUUCCACAUUUCCUUCUUUCCACCUCUCAGUCUUUCCACCUCUUUCAGUCUUUACACUUUUCCUUUCCACCUCUCUCUUUCUCUCUCUCUCUCUCUUUCCACCUUUCCUUCUUUUCCACCACUCAGUCUUUCCACCUCUCUCUCUCUCUCUCUUUCCACUCUCUCUCUCUUUUCCACCUUUUCCAUCCACCUCUCAGUCUUUACACCUCUCUCUCUCUCUCUUUUUUCCACCUUUCCUUCUUUCCACCUCUCAGGCUUUCCACCUCUCUCUCUCUCUCUUUUCCACCUUUCCUUCUUUCCACCUCUCAGUCUUUCCCUUUUUCUCCUUUCCUUCUUUCCACCUUCAGACUUUCCACCUUUCUCUCUCUCUUUCCACCUUUUCCUUCUUUCCCACCUCUCAACUUUCCACCUCUCUCUCUCUCUUUUCCACCUUUCCUUCUUUCCCCUCUCUCUCUUUCCACCUCUUCUCUCUCUUUCCACCUCUCCUUCUUUCCCUCUCUCUCUCUCUCUCUAUUUUCCAUCUUUCCUUCUUUUCACCUCUCUCUCUAUAUCUUUCCACCUUUCCUUCUUUUCCACAUCUCAGUCUUUCCCACCUCUCUCUUUCCACCUGUCCUUCUUUCCACCUCUCAGUUUCCACCUUUCCUUCUUUCUCUCUCUCUCUCUUUCCACCUUUCCUUCUUUCCUCCUCUCAGUCUUUCCACCUCUUUUCAGUCUUUUUCCCUUUCCUUCUUUCCACCUCUCAGUCUUUCCACCUCUCUCUCUCUCUCUCUUUUUCCACCUUUCCUUCUUUCCACCUCUCAGUCAUUCCACCUCUCUCUCUCUUUUCCACCUUUCCUUCUUUUCACCUCUCAGUCUUUCCACCUCUCUCUCUCUUUCCUUCUUUCCACCUCUCAGUCUUUCCACCUUCUCUCUCUCUCUCUUUCCACCUUUCCUUCUUUCCACCUCUCAGUCUUUCCCUUCUCUCUCUCUUUCCUUUCUUCUUUUCCACCUCUCAGUCUUUCCCUCUCUCUCUCUUUCCUUCUUUCCACCUCUCAGUCUUUCCAUUUCUCUCUCUCUCUCUUUCCACCUUAA